UGGCACGUUUCUUCUUGCGGACAAUCGGGGCACUGCUGCGUUAUCUGCCCCUGCAAGGCUACGAGGCGCGGAUGAAGUUCGAGCUCUCGGCUAGUGUGCCUUCUGAAUGACACUCGGACCUCGCGACGCCGCCCUCUAUCACCUCCCUCUGAUGAUAAGUCCGUCUACAUGGCUGGGUUGCGCCGGGCCCAAGAAAUAGAUCAGUGGAGACCAGAGGAAUCGCCCGCGAGAGACAGAGACAGAGAGCGGGUCCGCGAUCAUAUUGUCGAACCCGGCGCUGCGUCACCGCGGCCGGUGCCACGCACUGCGAGGGACGGCAGACGAGGCGAUCCCCACGACGCAGAUACACGCUCACCGACAAGACACGCGAGGGGACGGUCCGACGAAAGAAGCCUGAGCAGGGAACGCGCACGAAGGCGAAGUCGCGGUGAUUAUAGGGAAGGCCACGGUCCCACGAGAAGGGCACCCAGCGACGACAGGGCUACCCACACACACCGGCACCACCACCACCACCACCACCACUCCCACCACCAUCGAGGGUCGACCCCAUCAACGAAGCGCCCACACAGCCGCUCCCCAUCCCCGCACUCACACAAGCGAAGCAGGCGGCAUCGCAGCCGAAGCACCGUGCGCUCGAGAUCGCGAACCCGUCGCGCUGAGACCACCCAUCGCCCGUCCAGCAGGGCUUUUUCCCCUCGCUCCGAGCGCGAACGCACGCGACGACGUACGCCUGAAAUCGACACGUACAAGCCGGCAUCUUUAGCCCGCCGCCGGUCGCCGUCAGCCGACUCAUACUACAGGCCGUCCUCGCGCAGGGGACGGAAGAGGUCUCCUACACCAGAGCGGGAGUCGCGGCGGGAGGGGUCACGCAGACGAGACUCGCCCCGGCGACCUCACAGACGAGACUUCUCUCCAACUGACGACACGAGGGAAAGAAGACACCCGCACGCUUCUGUCAAGGAUCGACGCCGCAGCCGUUCUCCUGUAAAGGCUCGUUCCCGCUCGCCCAGGCGCAGACGCUCGCCGUCAGCCUCUCCGAAUCCCUCCCGUCGCGAGAGAGAGCAUCGCAAGAGCCGCUCUCCCCGUGCGUCUCGCCAUCGCACUUCCAGGUCCCGGUCGAGGGGUGCCGAACGUUCAAGCAAAAGAGAGAGCCACCCACCUUCCAGACGGAACUCACCACCACCGCCCACCUCAGACGACGAAACUGAUCCGAAAAUGAGAGGCGGUGCCUAUUAUCAGGGCCGCGGAGGCCCACACCACUCAUACUCACCCCCGUACUCUCAUCAGCAUCCAUCUCAAGGCCAUCCAGGUGGAAGAGGUGGCUGGUCCGGACAUCAAUCCUAUCCCAAUCAAAGUUCUCCCACGCAUGGCUAUUCACCUAGUCAAUCCCCAUACCAACAGAAUUACUCUCCAAGUCAACCUCCAUCCUAUCGCGGCGGUUUUCGAGGGAGCUACAAUGGGUCCGACAGGAGGCCAUCCGGACCUGCCUUCACCCCAGUUGGCGGACGGGGCCGUGGUGCCCAGCCCACACAAUUCUCGAAUCUGUCUUGGACGCCUUCCUCUGGAACACGUGGCGGUCGUCCGGCCACCGAAGCGCCGCGACAUUCGGGCGGUUCUGCUUUACAGCCAACGGCGAGCGUUUCGGCAACAGCUGAUACUCAGACUUCUUCGGUAGACGCUGAUGACAACCCAUUCCGGCCGUCGAAAGACCUUCGGGUCGAGGAUGAAGGAGCGAAGGAGGACAAGAAGAUGCCACCGCCCACCAAAGCUGCGACCACGCCAUCAAAAUCAGGGUUCAGUUUCUCACUAAAAACGGCAGCCAGCAAAGCGAAGUUAGCCGAGCAACCACCAGCAGUAGACAAGGAGAAAGGGUCAAUACUUGAACAACCAAAGCCGAGGGAGUCAUUGAGCCGAGAAACUUCCGUCAAACCCUCUGAUUCAAGACCUGAGCGUGAUCCUCGAGAUCGCGAUACGGACCGAAGCCGAGAUCGUGAGCGCGACUUCGACCGUGAUUAUAGAGCUGGCGAACGUCGAUACGAACCGUACGAUAAGCGCGAUAGCUACCUUGACCGAAGACCAUAUAAAGACCUCCGGGAAAGGGAUCCUCGCGACCCGCGGGACUCCCGAGAGUCAGCUUAUUACCGUGAUAGGGACUACCGUGAUCCUAGAGAUCGGCAUGAUCCACGCGACCCCCGAGACCGAGACUCGCGUGAUUAUAGAGACCUUCGCGACCCACGAGACACGCGCGAUCUGCGUGAGAGCCGCGACUACCGCGAUAUACGAGACCCACGAGACCCACGAGACGAGAGAGAUGGGCGUGUCGAGCGAGAGCGAAAGGAACUCCCACCGAAUCCAAACUUACCCCGACGACCAGACUUCCGCCCGGACAGUAGACCUAUCAGUCGGCCUGACAGCCGAACUGAGCUGCGAAGAGACACUUUACCGGAGAAGCCGGUAAAGCCUGAGAGGCCGAAGACGAGGAUAAUCAAGAAAACGCGCGUGAAACCACGACCGACACUCUCACCCGACUUUGCCGCCUCAGAUUCCGUAUAUUACCGAAAGCCCGGCAAUGAGUCCGUGGUUGGUUCUGGGACAUACGGUAAGGUGUUCAAAGGGGUACAUGUGUAUACCAAAGAUAUGGUUGCCCUCAAGAAGAUACGGAUGGAGGGCGAACGCGAUGGGUUCCCAGUCACGGCGAUCCGAGAAAUCAAGCUACUUCAGUCCCUCAAUCACGAUAACAUAGUGAAGCUGCAAGAAGUCAUGGUGGAAAAGAACGACUGUUUCAUGGUCUUUGAAUACCUCUCUCACGACCUCACUGGCCUUCUGAACCACCCAUCCUUCAAGCUUGAAGACGCGCAUAAAAAGGACUUGGCGAAGCAACUUUUCGAAGGCCUCGACUACCUUCACCGCCGAGGCGUCCUGCAUCGCGACAUCAAAGCUGCAAACAUCCUCGUUAGCAACACCGGACAAUUGAAGCUCGCUGAUUUUGGCCUGGCGCGCUUCUAUGCUAAGCGUAGCAAGCUCGAUUAUACUAAUCGCGUCAUCACUAUCUGGUAUCGCUCGCCCGAACUCCUGCUCGGCGAGACUCAAUACGGCCCCGCUGUCGACAUCUGGUCUGCCGCCUGUGUUCUCGUCGAGAUUUUCACGAAACACGCUAUCUUCCCUGGUGAUGGCGGUGAGAUCAAUCAGCUCGACAAGAUAUAUAACGUACUGGGAACACCGACAGUGCAAGAAUGGCCAGGCAUUGCCGAGAUGCAGUGGUUUGAGCUACUGCGGCCGACAGAGCGCAAGCAGAGCACCUUCGAAGAAAAGUACAAGGACCGCCUCACAACAGCCGCGUUCGAGCUUCUCAGCGCGAUGUUCGUAUAUGACCCCGCGCAGCGACCAAGUGCUUCAGACGUCCUCUCGCACCCCUAUUUUGCAACCGAGCAGCCCGCGUCCAAGCGCGCAUACGAACUCAAAGAUCUCGAGGGUGACUGGCAUGAAUUCGAGAGCAAGGCUCUACGAAAGGAGAAAGAGAAGCAGGACAAAGAGGCCAGGCGGGCCGCGCGCGAGGAAGCAUCACGGAAGGAUGGUGAGAAGCGCAGGCUGGAGGGUCAAACGGAGUCGGAGCGUGAAACCAAGCGAGUGAAAAGCAGUGAAGCUAGCGCAUAGGAGUGCAAAUGCGAGUGCGAACAUGUAUUGUAACUUAGAGAGGGUUUGAGAACGGUCCAUUGUGCGCGAUGUACAGCU